CCUUUCACGUGGCGUGGCGUCACCAGGAAGAAUUAGGAAAAUUGCUAUACCCAAGCUCCAAAAACUUCUCGUCAAAACACUACCCCUCUUUGGAUCCGUCAAGAUGGUUCUACAAGCUAUCAAGUACUCGCGCGGGCAGUUGGAGAUUCUAGAUCAGCUGAAACUACCCCACGCUGAAGAGUAUGAUCACAUCUACUCCAGCACUGACGCAUGGCAUGCCAUCAAGGAGAUGCGGACGCGCGGUGCGCCUGCGAUUGCUAUUGUAGCUGCCCUCGCCCUGGCGGUUGAGUUGGUGAACAUGAAGCUCUCUUCCGAGGCAGAAGAGGUGAAGAUUUUCAUCAUCGAGAAAUUGGAUUAUCUAGUUACUAGCAGACCAACUGCUGUCAACCUUGCAGAUGCUGCGCGGAAGUUGAGAAAAGUCACCGAAGCGGCUGCCGAGACUGCAAAUGCGACUGGUGAGGGUGUCAGGCAGGCAUAUGUGGAAGCUGCAGAACAGAUGCUGGUAGACGACGUGAGCGAUAACGAGAACAUUGGCAAACAUGGCGCAGAGUGGGUGAUCAAAAACACCGAGGCGGGAAAGAAGGGCAAAGUUAGCAUGCUCACGCACUGCAACACUGGGUCUCUGGCUACGGCAGGCUACGGCACGGCUCUGGGUGUGAUACGAUCACUACAUGCCAAUGGCGCACUGAAACAUGCCUUCUGUUCGGAAACUCGUCCGUAUAACCAAGGCUCAAGAUUGACGGCAUUCGAAUUGGUACACGAUCAAAUUCCUGCUACCCUGAUUACCGAUUCCAUGGCCGCGGCUUUGCUUCGGUUGAGGGGGCCUUCCGAGAACAUCGCUGCCAUUGUAGUCGGGGCAGAUAGAGUUGCCGCCAAUGGAGACACUGCGAACAAGAUUGGAACAUACUCGCUGGCAAUCCUAGCCAAGCACCAUGGAGUCAAGUUCUUGGUUGCAGCUCCACGAACUACCAUUGACCUCGGAACCAAGACAGGAAGUGACAUAGUCAUUGAAGAGAGGCCAGGAAAGGAGGUAACCUUGGUCAAGGGCCCCAGACAUGAUGGUGUCAACCUUGACCUCAGUGUGGUAGAGACCGUCAGCAUAGCUGCAAAUGGUAUCGGAGUCUGGAAUCCUGCGUUCGAUGUCACACCCGCAGAACUUAUCGAUGGAAUAGUCACUGAAGUCGGGGUCGUGGAGAAGGAUGCUGACGGUGUGUUCCAUCUGGAGCAAGUAUUCGCAGAUGGCGAGCAGUCGAAUAAGCCCACCACGAUUGGGGGUAUAUAGCUGCCUUGUAAAGCCCACACAGAGGGUAGCUCUGAGUCGUACAUAGCGUCCAAAUCGGUAGUACAUGUUUUCCAUGUGCUGAAUUUAG